AGAAAUUUUCAGCAGCCAUGAAUCCUCAGACUUUGCUGGAUCUCCUGCAGGUGGAAAGCCAGAAAAUCGAAGAGGAGUCAGAGAAAAUGGCUGAGAAGUUCCUGGAGGGGGAGGUGCCUUUGGAGACGUUUCUGGAGCAGUUUUCCAUGAUGAGGAAAUUGUCCCACUUGCGGCGGGUCAGGGUGGAGAAGCUGCAGGAGAUCCUGAGGAAGCUGGAAGGGUCGAAGGAACCCGGCAGGGACUCGCCGGGCCCCACGAAGCCGCCGAAGCCGCAGCCCUUCCCUUCGGGGUCUCCUUCCUUCCCUUUGCCCUACAGCCCAACCCCAAACAUGCCUCUGGGCCCCACAGCCCAUGGAGCUCUCCCUCCUGCUCCUUUCUCUGGCUCCCCAGUCACC